UGGAAAUACAGGGCACAACUUAAGUUAGUUACACAAGGGCAAUGUGUAAAAAAACCCAAAAAAAAAAAAAGAUUAUUUGGUUUUUUUUCCUCGUCGUUUUAACUUGAUCAAAUCAAAUAAAUUAAUCCAUCGAUUCCGGAGGCUGUAGCAAGCUCAACUAAUUCUUUUACACCAGUCUUCCACCCAACAAAAUCACAGCUCUAUACAAAGAUUUCAAAAUUUCUUGAGUUUGAUAACCAAAAACUAAGUCAAGAAUCAAAAACCCAAGGAUACGGCAGCAAUGGUGACCAGAAAGUUCUUUGUAGCCUCGAUAUGCAUGUGGGCAUUUCCAUUUGCAAUCUUAUACGGCUUUCAGCAAGGCUGGUACCCUGGUUUCUCAAACAUAUCACCUUCUUCUCAGACACUGCUAAGUGGGUUUCUUGCUGUUGUAUCAGUAAAUAUAAUGCUUGCAUUUUACAUAUGCAUGGCAAUGAAAGAGCCUAUUGGUAAGCACGAGCCAGAUCCUGCUUUUGUAGCCAAGGCUAAGGUUACAGUUAGCCAAAGUAAACCCAGUGGUGGUGCUAAACUGGACUAGGCAUGUUCAUACAGCCUGAAAAGGACCUCAGACUGCAAAGUGGGAGCACGAGUAAGAUCUAAACAGUCCAAAGCGUUGAUAUUUUAGGAAAAUUUUGACAGCCUGUAAUGAAUGCUAUUUGAACUAUUUCUCUCAGUGGUAAUUUGGUAGAAAUAGAAGUCUUUGAUUUUCUUAAGCAAAAUUUACUCUCUUUGGUUUAUAAUAAUUGUCUUACCCAUUCGAAUGGGCUAAAAUACUGCUGCCCAUCUACUUAAUGUAGUAGAGCUUUUAUUUAUCUAUUCUUUUAUUAAUUUUGAGAGGUUUGUAGUUAA